UUUAUAAAAGCGGACUGGCUCACCUCUUCUCAAGACAUUCCAUUUCAUUCUCCUCCUCAAAAAAAAAAGCGAAUCUAGGGUUUUCAUAAUUUCGAAGGAAGAUGGCGAUGCAGAAGGCUAAAGAGAUCGUUUCCGGCAACGCCGUCGUUGUUUUCAGCAAGUCGUUUUGCCCAUACUGUGUGAGAGUGAAGGAGCUUUUGCAACAAUUGGGAGCUAAAUUCAUCGCCGUUGAGCUCGACAAAGAGAGUGAUGGUAGCCAAGUUCAAUCAGCUCUGGCAGAAUGGACAGGACAACGCACCGUUCCCAAUGUGUUCAUAGGUGAAAAACACAUCGGUGGCUGCGAUUCUGUAACAAACCUGCACAGAGACGGCAAGUUGGUUCCUAUGUUGACUGAAGCUGGAGCUAUUGCUGCAACAGCUGGAACUACUUCUGCUUAAAGCGCACAAUCAAUUUGUGAUUUGCUUCUUUCAGGAAUAAAAUAUGUUUGAGCAAUAAAUCUGAACUUUAUCUGAAAUGUUUUAAAGUUAAUUGUUGUUAUGUCGAAGUCGGUAUUGAACUUCUGAUACAUUUAUGUUAUAAUUAUCAGCAUUUGCUAGUAUUGUAUGGGUAUGAAUGGUGAAAGAAUAAUGCUAUUAGAUCAUCUAUAUAUAUUUGGUUAUGUA